GAUCUCCUCCAAUGAAAGAGGUACCACAGGGUGUAGGCAGGUUGCCAGGCGAGCUCGGCAGCGUGACCGCACUGCAUUGAGUUUCUUUAAUGAAAGCCAGGAAAGAACACAUUACACAGUGUUUCUUCUGAGAACCAGCUAGCCUCCAGUGAUUGAAAUCAAUAAAAACAGUCGGCAAGGGGCCCAGUGGGGGAAGAGAGAAAUCUCCACUACAGCAUUCAGUUUGCUUUCCACUUUCUCCCUCCCCCCUUAAAGUUAAACUCUGAAGAUCACCAUGACAAGCUACUUCGCUUCCAGCGCUGGGAAGACGCUGGUGGGGAUUUAAAGGAAGCGAGCGCUUUCCUUCGCCUCCCUGCUUCGCUCCCCCCCGCCCCCAGCGCGAAGGAAAUGAAAGGCUUGUUUGGAAUCUGAAUCCUGCCUGGAAAAACUUCAUCGGACAAGUGCAUCGUUCUGCAUUUCAGGAAAGGGAUGGAUUUUACAGUCAGAGAACGCUAAAAGGUGAGAGGGGAAAGAAAAAGCAGGAAUCUGAUUCAGCCAGAGCCCACGUACAGGCUAGGAUGCCCACCACGGCGGAGGGGACCUCUGGAACCGCGGGAAGGACUGCAAGCAAGUGCCUGAAAUUGGCACGAUCCACAUCCUAAAGCAGCCGAAACGUUAGGGAACACGUGACCGACGCACCGACCCAGUGGCUCAAUCUCAGACUGACAUUCUCCUGGGCUGCACCUCAUAGAAAUGAGAUAUUGGAGUUUCUGCUGAGCUCACUUUGAAAAGGGUCUGACUUGAUGGGCAAAAUGUUUCUGCCAACCAUCAAGGAACAACAAGGCACUGCCUACCAGAAGAGCUGGUAACCAGCGGAGAAGAUACAAAAGCUAAAAUCACUAUGUGGAGCUGUGAAACCUUAAACAACAGUACCGAGAACAGCGAGGACCAGCACCUCUGCCAUGACUUCCACCUUGUGCUUUCCAUCUUUUCCCUACUCUACCUCAUUAUAUGUUUCCCAAUUGGCCUUUGUUACAAUGGCUUGCUGGUCCUAGUUAAUCUCUAUAACAAAGCUACUAUGACUAUGCCAGAUGUUUACUUUGUCAACAUUGCCAUUGCUGGUCUCAUCAUCAACGCUUUGGCACCAGUGUACCUUCUAGGUCUUGCCAAUACAAAAUGGGCCAUCUGGAAUUCCAACAAUGAAGUUUAUAUUACCUUACUUAUUUUAUUCAACGUCUCAUCUUUAGUUACCAUGUACUCUACUACAUUACUCAGUCUGGACUACUACAUUGAACGUGCUCUACCUAGAACUUACAUGUCAAGUGUGUACAACACCAAACACGUUUGUGGAUUCAUAUGGGGUGGUGCCAUGCUUACAAGUUUUUCAUCUCUCCUGUUCUAUGUCUGCAAUCAUGUAUCCACUAAAAUAAUUGAAUGUUCCAAGAUGCAGAACAAAGAAGCAGCAGAUGCCAUUAUGGUCUUUAUCGGGUAUGUUGUACCAGCUAUCGCUGUACUGUAUGCACUUACAUUAAUCUUGCGAAUACGCAAAGAGGCUACACCACUGGAUCAAGACACUGGACGAUUAGAUCCAUCGGUGCACAGGCUUUUGAUUGCCACAGUCUGUACGCAGUUCACGUUAUGGACACCCUAUUAUGUUAUUCUUUUGGUAAGCACAUUUACUAAUGCACAAGGAAGAAUCGCAGAUGAAAACUACAGUCGAAUAUUACAUUUUACCAAGAUUUUAUCAAAAUUCUUGGCUUUCUCAAGCAGCUUUGUAAUGCCUCUGCUCUACAGAUAUAUUAACAAAAACUUUCCCAACAAAUUACGACGCUUGCUUAAAAAGAUACACUGUGGGAAUCAAGGGUGUUCUCAUGAACGCACAGUAGUACAGCAAGUUAUGACAUAGGUAUGAAAGAACGCUCUGGUGCUCUGUUACUGCAGUACUUAGCAUGCUUAGUACUGGGACUGUGAUAUUGCUGUGGAGUCAUUAAUGUGAGAGUCCCAACCAAGAGGCUAGAAGGAACUUUCCAUUACAGUUAAAUGAAAGAGUCUUAAUUUUCAAAUAGUUAAUUGUUCGCUGAAACCUCGUGAGACUCUGGCCUAUGUGCUGUAAUACCUGUCACAUCUAAUACUUGCCGUGCACUGAAUUAGUUACAAAGCAUAAACUCUGUCUUCAUUGCUCUAAUAUUCCUGUCUGAAGAAAUCACUAAGCAGUUUAUUGAAGUCUUGACUGAAGACACAGCACCUUGUAUCUUGUAUAGAAAAAGGUAUUACCUUGUUUUCUGUACAAAGAAGUAAUAGUGCUAUCCUUGAUGAAGUAAAUACCUUUUUUCAAUGAAGAUGAUAUAGAUGAUCUUUACUAAAGAUCAUAAUAUCCAAUUAUACAUGUCCAAAUAGUAAAUGUUAAUUAUAAAUUAUUUAAUUUCUUUCUCCAUCACUGAAUCCCCUCUAAAAGAAGCCUAAUUUACCAUUUCCAGAAAAUAUUUUCUCGUACAAGCUAAACUAAGUUUUAAUGUUUAAAUUUAUUUUUUCUAGAGAUAACAAUUAACAAAAACAGGUUUUAUUUUUCCAGUACUUUGUUUGCAUCCUAAAACAUUUCAAGAAUUCAGAAAUAUUUAUUAACUAAUUCUAAGGGAACAGAGAGAUGUUUGUUCCACACAUUAAAAUGAAGGACGCUGGUUUACAAAGUUAAAUCAAAAUCUAUCUAGUAAAGAUUGUCUGGCUAAGUAUUAUGGUCCACAUAUGUUCAUGUAACGAGAGUAAUCUUAAAAGUAUCUUAAAAAUAAAUAUGUUUAUGAUUAA